AAACAGACGAGCAUGCAGCUGCUGAUAAAUACGAUACGGGUCAGCCGCCUUCAUCGACGCUAGGACUGAGUUCGAAAACGUAUCGCACAGUACUAUUUCAUUUUUCCUAUGAGAAAAAAAUUUCCUACUUGCUACAGAGCUGAUGAAUUUUGCCUAUUUAUGUAAUAAUUAUAAUUAAUCAUUUGUAGAGAACUCAUCAGAGGAUAUUUUUUAACAAUACGAAAAACCUUCUAACAAUCCACCCUAAAAUCACUCGUUUUAGGAAGAUUGAUAGUAAAAUAAUGGAAGUACUCAAUAUUUUAUGUAAGUUUUAUAUAUAAAUCGGGCCAAUUCCGUAUAUCAAAUAUGAGUAUGUGAGUGGCUAGUGGAGGGCGGUUUUGAUCUCAUUCGGAAACAUACGACUUUUUUUAAUCUUUCAAAACAUGUUUUUCAGCGAAAAAAUUCAUAACAGUCCAUUAAAAUGAUGGCCGAGGCGAUUCGAAACAAUUCAAUUACUACAAACACAAAAGCGAGAUAAGAUUUUGAAAAACUGAUUACAUAUUUGUGAUCAGCGACAUCGAAAAUGGAGAUUUGGGUAGUAAAAUCUACUGAAAAUAAUCGUUAUCUCCAUACUCGCUUCGAUCGCAUCAUUAGUUUUUGAGUAAUUAUGAACGAAAAAUUUCAGGUUUUUGUUAACCAACGGUAAAACUUCUGGACCAAUUUCGUCUAAAAUUUGAUACAUUCUAAAUUACACGAAGACACUUCGAUCGCGCCAUUAUUCGCUUCGAUUGAAUCAUUAGUUUUUGAGUAAUCGUGAACGAAAAAUUUGACGACAUACACCUUUACACACACACGCAUACAGACAUGUUUUCAAAAAUAGUCGAAAAACAUUGUAGACACCUCGAAACGUUGAUAUACGGCGAAAAUAUUUUUUUUUAUUUUAGGGGCUAUUACAAUUAAAUAUGUAAUUUUCAGAAUAUAUAUUUCCCCGUAUGGAAAUCUCCGAUAUUCCAAAAGUAUUUUUAUUCAGACACGUGCGAUAAAACCCCAAAAGUAAGAAAAAAAUGAAUGAUGAUGUUUUAAAGCAAAUACCACAAUUCAAAUAUUGAUCAAAUCCAUCGAUCACAUACCUCGACUCUCCAACACAUCCCAGCAAUCUAUGAUAUCUUCACUAUACCACUCUCCCACGUAUAUAUUGUGGAGUCGUGGGAGGUGUUAUGGUAGUUCCGUGUAGACCGCCUACUAGAGAGGUACCAGUAGACGCUGAAUCUCCGCAACUUGCGUGACAACCAGCCUCGUACUACCGUUGGUUUUGAUCGUUGUCUCGCGAAUAUCUGUCCGCCAGUCUGCGAGAUCUAAGAGAACAGCCGGAAAAAUGGCGAUGAUGAUAUUUCUUCUUGUUGCUAUACAAAUUUGUGGAUCUUUGGGAAACAGCCUUGAUGUGUUAGAAAAUUACAUGGCAUUGCGUGCUGUGGCCAGCGAUGUCAAUAAAUUUUCCAGUGAAUUUUAUCAGGCAGUUUCAAAGGCUGAGAAUGAUAAUUUGAUAGCCUCACCGAUCAGUGCAUCACUGGCUCUGUCAAUGCUGACUUACGGAGCGCGUGGAAAUAGUGAAAAGCAACUGAAAUCUGUUUUACAUUUCAACAGCGAUGCAGAGGUGCAAAAGAGGGGCGUUAAAACUCUCAUAGAGAAUUUGAACGAAUUCGCCAAAGUUGAUUUGAAAUUGGCGAACAAGAUUUUCCUCGCUGAAAAUGUUACUGUCAAUCCAGAAUUCAUGGAAGUGACUGAAUCAGUUUUCAAAUCGGCAGUUCAAAAUGUUGAUUAUAGCGAACCUGAGGAAGCAAGCAAAACUAUUAAUAGUUGGUGCGAACAGCAGACGAAUUCCAAGAUUAAAGACUUAUUCUCAGCCGAUGACUUUGACAAUGAUACUGGUUUGGUGCUCGUCAAUGCCGUCUACUUCAAGGGCAAUUGGUUGCAAAAGUUUGACGCAAAUCUGACAACUUCCAAAAAGUUUACUCUCGAGGACGGAACCACGAAGAAAGUGCCCACUAUGAAUGCUUACAGAGAUUAUCGUUUUGGGGUUCUAGAAGAUCUUGGAGCGAGAUUCGUCGAACUGCCUUAUGAGAGCAAUGACAUCAGUGACGGCAUAAGCAUGUUCAUCGUCCUCCCCAACGAGCCAUCGGGUUUGAAAGACCUUCAACAAAAUUUGACCAAACUCGACCUAAAUCGUCUCCUCUCUGGUUCCCUAGUGAAGGUCAACCUAUCUCUUCCCAAGUUCAAAGUAGAAUCGAAACUGGACCUUAAGGCCCCAUUGAGCGACCUCGGCCUCAAGGACAUCUUCGAGGACUCUGCCGACCUCACUGGCAUCCUCUCUGCUGAAGCUCCUCACUUAAAAGUCAACAAGAUCGUGCAGAAGGCGUUCAUUGAGGUGAAUGAGGAGGGCAGUGAGGCCGCAGCAGCAACCGGAGUGGAACUAGAAAACAGGUUUGGCUGGGAGGCGGAAAAAAAAGAAGUCAAGUUCAGCGUUGAUCAUCCGUUUGUAUUACUCAUUGCUACACAGGAUGCAAUUAUUUUCACGGCACGUAUUGCCGACCCAAGCUAUGAAACUUAAUUUUUAUAAUCCAGUUGUGAAGUCGUAUGUCGAGAUAAUUUGAUUGAACUCCAGAGUUUACGAUUUUUUGAUAAAUAUCAUUGAGUGUGAGGGAUAUAGACCACUCGUCACAAGCACUUUUUUAAAAAAAUUAUGAUAAUGAAAAUUGUAAUGCUUCCACCGAAUCCCGAGACAUUCCCCAAAGAAUCUUCUCAAACUCAAGUCAAUUUAUUUCGCUUCAUCGUUUUAUAACGAAAUCUGUAAACCUAACAACGAAAUUAGCACAUAUUGCCAUCAUAUUGUGAGAAAAAGAAAAAAAAACGUACAAAUUUCAUCAGAUCCAACUGAAAUGAAUAAAAAAUAAAGAUGCAACUAUUAUCUCCCAUCAAGUUUUAACAUAAAGGAUAAGUAGAACUGACAACAAAAAGUCAAUCACAGUUGACUUUAAUAAAUCUCAUAAAUUUCUCUCUCUUGGAAGACAAGUAACGAAGUGUGAAAACAUCAUCUUCGUCUACAUUAUUCUGUAAAAUGUCAGAAGUUAUUUUUGUAGUCCAUAAAGUUCUCUACAAAAAUUUCCA